AUGACUGCAUUAAGUGGAAGCAUGAAAAAAAAUGGUAAAUUAUCCAUUAGCUCAGCUUAUGAACAUUUUAUAAUCCAUUAUCCAGUUGUGUUGUGGUGGAAAGUAGUUUUGAAUGCAGGUUAUGUCCCUAAGCACUCCUUCAUUUCAUGGCUUGCAAUUAAAAAUAGACUCAAAACUAAGGAUAAGCUGAGUAUUUGGGGUGUGACGGAUAAUGAUAGAUGCAUGUUCUGUAAUAGAGAAGCAGAGACAGUAGAGCAUUUGUUCUUUGAGUGUAUAUUGUCAAAGAGUAUUAUGGGAAAAGUCCUGCAUUGUUGCCUGAUUGAUAGAGGGGUGUAUAGAUGGAGAAGAGAACUGUCUUGGAUGUCGAGGAAAGCAGUGGGAAAGAGCUUGUUAGCUAGAGUGAGACGAACUGCAUUUAACUGUAGUGUAUAUAAUAUUUGGAAAGGGAGAAACAAAAGUAUUUUUGGAGAUAGAAGAGUUGAGGAAACAUAG